GCACUCCUCAUUCCUAUAAAAGCUAUAACCCCUUUAGAUUUUAGAAAACCCUAACAAACGCAGAGCUUCUCACUUCCAGCAGCUGCCGCCACCACUCCGACUUCCCCAAAGGGUUAUAAUCUCGACCGCCAAGAUGCAAAACGAGGAGGGAAUCAUCACCGAGCUCUACAUCCCGAGGAAAUGCUCGGCGACGAACAGGCUGAUCACCUCCAAGGACCACGCGUCUGUUCAGAUUAACAUUGGGCAUUUGGAUGAGCAUGGCAUCUACACUGGCCAGUGCUCCACCUUUGCUCUCUGCGGCUACGUCCGUGCUCAGGGAGAGGCCGACAGUGGUUUGGACCGUCUCUGGCAGAAGAAGAAAACCGAAGUUAAACAGUAGAAAGAGAUGAUUCUUCUUCAGUUCAUGGGGAUGAGUUGUUUAAUUUCUGAACUAAAUUAUGUGAUGUCUUAUUCCAUUAGUACUGAAUGUUGCAAGUAGUUCCCAACCUUUUGGUGUUCUUGAAAUGGGCUGUUCUUUUGACGAUUAGGUAGUGAAACUUCUACCCAUUGAGUAUCUUAAUUAUAUUUCUGGUUUCGUAAAAUUAUUUCCACUGAUGAUAUGCAUGAUUAUUCUUAUGA